GGUGAUCAAAAACAGACUCUGCCUGAGUCUCCACAGAGAUUCGAUCCCGUUGUUUGUGUCCUGGGCAGGGAGGGAUUCUCCUCUGGGAGACACUACUGGGAGGUGGUGGUGGGAGAAAAGACUGGCUGGGAUUUAGGUGUCGCUAAAGAGUCCAUCAACAGGAAGGGGAAGAUUAUACUGAGUCCCAGCAAUGGCUACUGGACAAUAUGGCUGAGAAAUGCAAACGAGUUUAAAGCUCUUGCUAACCCUCCUGUCCUCCUGCCCCUGAGCCUGAAGCCCCAGAAGGUGGGGAUAUACCUGGAUUAUGAGGAGGGACAGGUCUCCUUUUACAAUGUGGAGUCCAGGAAUCACAUCUACACUUUCACUGACACCUUCACUGAGAACCUCUACCCCUACUUUAGCCCUAAUCUUAAAAGCAAUGGAACAAAUGCUCACCCAAUGAUAAUCACAUCUGUUGAUGAUAUUGACUUAUCAUGAGAAAAUGACAGACACAAAGCAGUGUCUGACAGCAAAGUCUUUUGACGCAGAGCUGUUAUACAGCAAGACCUUUUAAAGCAAAACGAUCAAUUUCAAAGGACAAUAACAUCCUUCUUUUGACAAGUGUUACACAGCUUUAAUCUCUUGGCAGUAUUCGACAUAACAAAUGCACAUCUGCAGAUUUAGAGAAUGUCUCUAAGGCUUCACAUUUGAAACGCAGUUCCAUAUGAUAAAUGUACAUUGUAUUUUAUUAUAACAUUUAAUAUUUCAAAGGAACAAGUAAUAGGUUUAUUCCAUGCUGAAUACGUUG